GAGAAACUUCAAUGUUUGAAACUACAGAGCUCCUUUAAAACCAGACUCCUCCUUUUGGUCUGCUCUGGCUGUAUCACAUUACCAUCAAUAAUUUCGACUGUAGCCUAUAUAUCCUUAUAGUAGGCUAUAUUAGAUUGGGGAUGUACAGAAGCAUAGUGUAGGUAAGUUUGUGUCUGUCAGGUAGCUAUAGACAAAUGCUUCGCUGUCGCCAGAAUUGCUGUCUCUUUCUUUCUCUCUCUCUCUCUCUCUCGCUCUCUCUCUCUCUCUACUCAUGCCACAGUCUCUCAGCCUCUGUCUGUGUGAACGUGAAAGUCAGCAGGAGGAGUCGAGAGAGCUAGACAUAUACUGAGAGAGAGGGAGAGAGAAAGGACGGCAAACUGGAACGGGGUCGUGGAGACAGUCGGAGCGGGAGUUUAUAGGGGGUUACAGGGAGAUGCUGUCACCACUGAGAAGAUGGAUCAGAGACCAGCCUCUGAGCUCUGGAACCUCGUGUGUGAGGAGAGGGCUGUGCAGCAGGCGUCACUCUCUAUGGAUAUUACUCAUCCUGCUUGUGGUCUGUAUUGCCAUUCAAACAUUUGUCGCCCACCAGGCAAGGAAUGACAGGAUAACAGGACUCCCACAUCUGAGAUUCACAGUCAGCAAACAGCACCUGUUUCCUACUGUGCAAAAUGUCUGGGAAGGCUCCCAUUCUGAGUCUUCACUGGCAGGAAAGCCAGACGUGAAGUCACUACAGACAGAACAAACUGCAGAGCGUCAACAUCAGAAUAAGGGAUAUAGAAAGCCACCAGAUUAUAUUCUGUCCAGACAUGUGGAUAAAAUCUCCACCCUUGCUACAGGCUCUCACAUGGGGUCAAGUAAAGUUUCACCUGAAAAACUACUUCUACGAAAACAUGGAAACAAGUUCAGCCCUAGACUUCCAGAUACUUUGGUCCAUAGUACUAGGAAGGUUUUAACUGCAGCCACAGAUAAAAGGCUCUUGAACACUCCCACUCCAUCCAGUUUUUUAAAGGGUCACAUCAACAGUGUCCAUACUAAAGCAACCUGCCACCCGAAGUCUCACAUUGUGUUUCUCAAGACACACAAAACAGCAAGCAGCACCAUCUUAAACAUCCUGUAUCGCUAUGGUGAAAUUAACAACUUGACAUUUGCCCUCCCUCUGAACAAACACAGCCAGUUGUUUUACCCAUUUAUCUUUGCUUCACACUUUGUGGAAGGUGUCAGCAGCAGACGUGUGAGGGAGUUCCACAUCAUGUGCAACCACAUGAGGUUUAGAAAAUCUGAGGUGGCAAAAGUGAUGCCUGAGGAUACUUUCUACUUUUCCAUCCUGAGGCAUCCCGUGGCCAUGAUGGAGUCCAUAUUUAUGUACUACAAGAGCAUCCCAGCCUUCCACAAGACUCACAGCCUGAAUGAAUUCCUAGACAACAGCUGGAGAAACUACAACUCAUCAGUAAACAACAACCACUAUGCUCACAAUAUCCUGGCUUUUGACUUUGGCUUUGACAACAACGUUGCAGCUGAUGCUGGAGACCUGGAGCAUAGAAUUGGUAUGGCUAUUGCAGCCAUUGAACAGGACUUCCACCUUAUUCUUAUUUCUGAAUACUUUGAUGAGUCCAUGAUCUUACUCAAGCAUGCCCUCUGCUGGUCUGUAGAAGAUGUGGUUUACUUUAAGCUCAACAGUCGCAGUGAACUAACUCGUCACCCACUUUUACCAAACACUGCAGAGAAAAUCAAGAGGUGGAAUGCUUUAGACUGGAGGAUCUAUCUGCACUUCAACACCACCUUCUGGCACAAAGUGUAUAGUCUGGUUGGGCAAGAGCAGAUGAAGAAGGAAGUUUCCCAGUUAAGAGAGCUACAAGCCAAGCUGGCAAACACCUGCCUGAAAGAUGGCAGGGCAGUUGACCCUUCCCAGAUAAAAGAUGCUGGGCUGAAGCCAUUCCAGUAUGGAGCAGCUGUCAUUCAGGGCUAUAACCUAAACCCACAUUUAGACAGACAUACCAAAACAAAAUGUCAGAGACUUAUAACUCCAGAACUGCAGUACACAGACCGUCUGUACACCCAGCAGUUCCCAGAGCUAGCUGCUAAGCAUAGACAAGCAAAUAGGAUUGCUCCACAGCAUCAACGCUCAGUUGGAGCCAGUAUGAUGGGAAUGGUCUUGGCCAGGGAAGCCCAUCAAAGACAGAUCAUAAGACGUAAAUUCUCAAAUCUCAAGAACCAAAAUGCCUCCAGAAGUGCUCUGUUAACACACACGGAAGCUAACAACAAAACAAAAAUGCCAUGAGUGGUAACUGACUAAUAGUCAAUAGAAGAUGUUAUGUUCAUUCUGUGAGAUAUGAAAGCAGUUGUUCCAUCUUAUUCUCACUUUCUGUAAUUAUAAUAAUAAUGAUAAUUUCACGCUAUCUUUUGAUCAUUAAUAUCUAGCAAAUGAAAGUGUUUUAUGAUCUGGUAGUCCUAUUUUCAGGAUGAUAUUGUUGAUUUGUGCCUUCCAGAAGAGGUAUGCACGUUACAAAAAUGUUUCAUAACUCUGAUCUAUCACCUCCGUGGUAAAAGUUGAUUGAGUUGGUUGAGUUUAGGCGACUAAUCUACAUGGUUAAUACUAAGGAACGAUAGUGAUCAUGGUUAAAAUAAAUCAAAGUUGGCUAGCUCUAAGAAAUGGGAUACAAGCAUUGAUAUCUCAUGACAAAGUGAGAGUCUUUGUCCUCCCAACCAUCCACUCCGAUGUCCUUUAAUGGUUAUGUAACAGUCACAUUAUGUCCACCAUGGAUUCUCAGUCUUUAUUCACCCCAGGUAAGAUGACAAGCAGUCAUACUGUAAAAUUUAAAUUAAUAGCUGAGUCCCAAAUAGCCGCCUACCUCCUUUACUGGCCUGGUGUGGGAACACAUUUUGACAAAUAAACGCCUGGUCUAGUUUUUAUAG